AACUCACACUUUAAGAAUAAAGAUAGUUUAGAAACUUUCAGUCUAAUUAGUUUAUUGAGCCAAAAUCUCUUUUAUCUUUACCGACACAAAAUUAGUCAACUUCAUUAAAAACAUUCCUUUUUCAACAAUCCAUGAUUCGACACUGUAACUGAGUCGACACAAAGAAGGGCUCGCUCGGGGAUCUUGAUCGUGUGUGGUUCAUGGGAGAUGCUGUUGAUGUCGAGCUUCGAUCUGUAAGUUCUCCUGAAUUCUCCCUCCGUUUGGUUGCCCAGAAAAUUGAGGAGGAUAAUAAAAGAAAAAAACAGCGCAUUGAUUCUGAUGUUUUCAUGUCAUUUUUGUGAUGUUGUGAGAGGGGAUUGUAACUAUGCCGAGACCAAUGGUGCUUGCUUUUCUGUUGAUUAUACUUAUAAUUACCUCUCAAUUUGAAUGGAAGCAACCACUUGUGAGUGAUAUUGACGCGAGUCCGAGUUUAUCUCAUAAGCAGCAACAAAUUUCUAAGAGUAAAGAAGAGGUGAAAGAGAAGAUUAUCUUAUCACAAGAGCAGAACAUUCAGAGACUCAGCGAGCUGGUGCGAAGCCUUCAGAAACAAUUGCUACUUUGCAGGACCAAUAAUGAAACAACGAAUGACACUGUAAGCUCGUUGAAAGAAAAUGUCAUCGAGCUUGAGCGGCAGCAGACCCCGGAGGACUAAGCGGGAGACAUAAAAGUCUCUGAUGAAUGGUUACGGUAUGUGAAAUCACUUACCUUUGUUUAUCUACUAAAGUUUGUAUUCGAAGCUCUAUUACUUGUAAAGUUUACAUUGAUUCGUGUUAAUUGUAACCAUUCUUUAUGCCAAUGUUACAAUAUAUUCAGUUAAUGAUGACCGAUGGUUAAAUUCUUUCUCAGAGCA